UUAUCCAUGUUCCUUUUGUAGUUCUUUCAAUGGAAGACUCUACGUAACAAUCUAUUAAAGCGUCACCUUCAUGGAUUUCUGUAUAGACCUUCUCUGUUGAUGUGGACAGAGACAGCGGAGCAUCUAGAUUGCGGAUCAGACCUUCAGUAGAGGAGGGCAGCGGUCGGUGGAGAGCGCGCAGCGGGGAAUGCCGGGAGGAGACGGCUUUCCCGAUGGAGAAGAGGAGAGCUCUUCUCCAAGCUCCGGCAAGCGUGCGGUGCAGACGGACCAAACUGAGAGCGGGCAGGACCCUGGGACCAGCGGGACCGGAUCGGGUUCGGGUGAGGAGGAGGAGGCUGAGGAGCAGCCAGGAAGAACCAGCAGAGGAGAGAGCUCGCCGGGGUGCGAGGAGAGCGGUGGAGAACAGGCUCACGAGGACGUGGACAUGAGCAGCGGAAACGACAGCGUCGGCGGGUCACGACAUCAUCACUCCUCGGCCAAUCGCAGCCCUGGAAGCACCACGGGAUCGGGAAGCACCAAGAGUUCGAAAUCUGCCACUGGUUCGUCGUCGUCGUCGUCCAGCUUUCACAGCGCUCAUCACACAGAGUGCAGUGAGCAGACGGAGCACGGCCGCAAGCAGACGCACCGGGAGAUGACGCAGACGGUGCAGGAGAUGAAGAAACGGCUGCCGUCUGAGAAGAGAAGCCGCAGCAAAGCCAGCACUGUAGAGGCACUGAACUACGCACUGAAAUGUGUCAAACAAGUACAAGCGAACAGCGAGUACUACAACUUACUAAUGAGCAGCGGACUGGAGGAGAGACGAGACGCUACCGUGUGCACGCUGGAGGAGCUGGAGGGAAUCACAUCUGAACACACGCUCAAAAACACUGACACGUUUGUGGUGGUCUUCUCUCUGGCCUCGGGGAAGGUGGUUCACGCGUCUGAACAGGCCUCCAGCGUGCUUCACUGCAAGAGGAAGUUUCUGGAAUCUGCCAAGUUCGUGGAGCUGCUGUACCAUCAAGACGUCAAUGUGUUUUACUCGCACACUGCACAACCGCGGCUGCCGCCCUGGAACGUGGGCACAGACAGCGUGGCGGUUCUGUUUGAAUGUGCCCAGGUCAAGUCUUUCUUCUGUCGAAUCAGAGGAGGGAAGGAUCGAGAUGGGGAAAUGCGCUAUAGUCCUUUCCGGAUUACUCCGUAUCUGCUGAAGGUUCAGGGCCUGAGCGGAGAGGAAGAGCCGUGCUGCCUGGCCCUGGCUGAGCGCAUGAUCUCCGGAUACGAGGCCCCUCGCAUUCCCAUGGACAAGCGCAUAUUCAGCACAACUCAUUCGCCGGGCUGUGUCUUUUUAGAAGUGGAUGACCGGGCCGUUCCAUUACUAGGAUACCUGCCACAGGAUUUAAUUGGCACACCUGUCCUGCUGCACCUGCAUCCAAGUGAUCGACCAAUCAUGCUCGGCAUCCACAGAAAGAUCCUGCAGUAUGCUGGUCAGCCGUUUGACCACUCCAUCCGCUUCUGCGCUCGUAACGGAGAGUACAUCACCAUAGACACCAGCUGGUCCAGCUUUGUCAAUCCCUGGAGCCGCAAAGUUUCCUUCGUCAUCGGCAGACACAAAGUUCGCAUGGGUCCGGUGAAUGAAGAUGUGUUUUCAGCUCCGGCCACAGCUGAGGGCAAAUCUGUAGACUCUGACAUCCAGGAAAUCACUGAGCAAAUUCACAGACUCCUGCUGCAGCCGGUGCACAACAACGGUUCGAGCGGCUAUGGGAGUCUGGGAAGUAAUGACCACCUCCUGAGUGUGGCGUCGUCCAGUGAAAGUAACGGCAACGGUACACGCCAGAGACAAGAGGAAGAGGACAGCAGGAGAGCCAAGCCGAGGAGCUUUCAGGAGAUCUGCAAAGGAGUCCACAUGCAGAAAAACCAGGAGCAGCAGUCCAAGAAGAGCCCUACUAAGUUUCAACAGAAAACUCCAGUGGUACGACCCAAAGAUUCUGCGUAUCCCGUGAACUGGAGAGGGUCUCCUGAAGAGCAGCAUGCUGCGGUGCAAGAGGAGCUGGCCUUUAAAGACCAGACCGUCUACUCCUAUCAGCAGAUUAGCUGCCUGGACAGCGUAAUCAGGUAUUUGGAGAGCUGUAACGUUCCCAUUACAGUGAAGAGAAAGUGCCAAUCUUCCUCAAACACGACAUCCUCAAACUCGGAUGAAGACAAACAGAGAGGUGCUGAGAGCUCCAUGCAAGUGUCUGAAGAGGCCGGCCAUCUAAAGGAUCAACCGGGUCUGUCAUCAUUAGAUGUGUCCAAGAAGCCUCCAGGCUCUGGUGUAGUGAGCCAGUCUCUGACUCCGCUCGCGCUGCCCAGCAAACCGGAAAGCGUGGUGUCCAUCACCAGCCAGUGCAGCUACAGCAGCACCAUUGUACACGUAGGAGACAAGAAAGUCGUAUCCUCAACAAGACCCAUCUCUCCAAAGCAAGAAUUCUCUUCCAAACUUCAAAAGAUCAUCGAGGAUGUCCCCAGCGCUGAAGGCACAGAAGCUCAGGGUCUCGCUGUUCCUCCGGCCGCGAUCUCGCCGCACAAUCAGGAGCGAGAGGCUUACAAGAAACUGGGCCUGACCAAGCAGGUUCUGGCGGCGCACACCCAGAAGGAAGAGCAGGCGUUCCUCAACCGCUUCAGAGAGCUGCGAGGUGUGCACGCUUUCAAAGCCGACUGCUCCCUCUAUCUGGAGAGACAGAAAGGACAAGUGGCAUCUGAGGGUGAGGAAGAUUUAAUUAACUGA